AUGGAAUACGAUUCUGAAUGGGCAGAACGAGUAAAAAUGGAGAAGUUUCCUUGGCACAACAACCAAUGGAUUGAGGCAAUUCAGUCGGCAGACAACGGGAUAUCCUCGAUGCCCAAAGGAUUGCCGUACAAAAAGAAUCCAGGAUAUGGGGCCGAUGUGGACUUUCUUGAUUUUCAACUACAGGAGGUCGAUGGUGAUGAGGAUGAUGAAGAUGAUAAAGGUAUAUUAAUUGAUUCUUGA